AUGAUAGAUGCCAUUGGUGUAGGUAGUGGGCAAUAUAUACCGCGUCCAGAGUCUAGGAAGUGCUUCUUGAGGAGCUUGGGAGAGCUCCGACGUCUUCGUGUUUUGGCCCUGGAGUACUCUCACAUAGCUGAUGGUACCGGAAAUGCUCUUCUAUCACUUCUGCCAGUGAUAAGACGACCACACUUCCGGCUACAGAUAAUCUGUCGUGAAAAUCAAACCCCAGGGAAAAUAGAUGCACGUCUUGGUUGCGGAGGCUACGGCAUCCCUGACACUGCCUGGCGACGUGUGACUAUCGCUUGCCCCGAUCUGUACCUUUUUAUGGCUUUCUUUCGAAUCCGUGACUAUGAUAACGUGAGAAGAUUUUUAACACCAAGUCUGCCCCUGCGAGAAGUUCAUCUGCAACUCGGAAUCGACUUGGAACUCACUCAACGACAGGACUCAGAUCUCAGUUGUUUUAUGCGCCUUCUUGGUUAUUAUUACGCCAAUACAUUGGUGACGCUAAGCAUCCAUCAGUGGCGGUCUCCGGAACUUCCCCUGCGUUGCGUUCUGGAGUUCAUUCCGUCACUGGCUCGUUUGCUGUAUACAGGUCGAUGUUGCGAAAGAGAUCUGCGAGCUGCCCUUAAUAUUAUAUCGUGCGGAGUAUGCCACAACAGUAUCAUAAAUUUUCCUGCGGACUCAAAUCGCUGGCUUGGCGACAGAGCUACGCUCUCGACCUUCGCUCAAUAUCUUGAACCCGAGUUGAAAUGUUGA